AUUGACAUUCAAUAAUUUUUUCUCAUGUUUUCUGUUUGUAACCGUCGUGGCGCGCGUUUUUUCUUAUUAAAUUCUAACUCGAUACCCAUAUAACAUCGGAAAUAUCACUUAAACCUACUUUAACCUUAAAAAUGAGUGCGUGGCCUGAAGUGACGACUGCGAAGUCGGAAAAUCGUCAUGAAAUUAAAUUGGCGGGUGCGGCUAUUUCGAAACGUAUAUCGGAAAGUGGUUUAGACAAAGGUAUAUUUCAAUUAACGAAUAUCAACCUUCUAAAUAUCAGUGAUACAUGUUUAUCGAGCAUCCCUGAUGAUAUUAGUCGUCUUGUAAACCUACAAUCUCUGCUUUUAUUCAGCAACAAAAUAGUGGAAUUCAAUAAAAACAUAACCUCGUUAAAAAAAUUAAAAGUGCUGGAUUUGUCGAGGAACCAGUUGAAGAGUAUUCCGGAGAGUUUGAACGAUAUGAAGGAACUGACUAGUAUUAAUCUGAGUUCUAAUGAAAUUGAAGAGAUGCCAAAAUUCAUUGAUUUUCCUAAUCUGAUCACCAUUGAUGUGUCAAAUAACAAGUUGACUAGUUUCCUGGACGUGGAGGACGCCGUGUUCCCGCACCUGACUGAUGUGAAGAUUAAGGGGAAUGCCAUUGACACAUUGCCAGGGUACAUAGUACGCAGCUUUCCACUUCUGAAGAACUUUGAUAUUGGAGAUAAUCAACUGAAGAGCAUGCCUGGAGAAAUAGCUAACAUGUCUAAAUUGAAAGAAAUAAAUCUAAAAGGCAACAAAUUCACGGACAAGAGGUUCAUGAAACUCGUAGACCAAUGCCGCACUAAGCAGAUCCUAGACUACAUACGGGACCAUUGCCCCAAGUCUGACCAGGCUCAGCCUGCUGGCAAAGGCAAAGGAAAGAAGGGCAAGAAGGAAGAACCACCUCCAGAAGACACAGAAUCAGACUUAUGCCACUCAAUGAAGAUAUUACACGUAGAAGAUGACAUCCUACGGGUCAAGAUUAAUGAGUCCCUCGUAUCUGCAGUCCGUCCGUACAUAUUGUGCUGUAUUGUACAUGACCUGUCCUUUGAUGAGACUUCUUUCAAGAAGUUUAUUCAGCUACAAACGAAGCUCCAUGAUACCGUAUGUGAUAAGAGAAAUGUUGCUACGAUUGCUACUCAUGAUCUGAAUAAGAUUGCACCAGGUGACCUAGUAUACACAGCUAAACCGCCAGCGGCACUAAAACUGACGCCCCUGUCAAGGCUGCGGCUCUACUCUGGCGAGCAACUGUUCCAGCAGCUCACCGCGGAAGCUGAGGCUCUGCGUAAAGAGAAGAAGAGGAAUGUCUACUCUGGAAUACAUAAGUACUUGUACUUGUUAGAAGGCAAGCCACUGUAUCCUUGUCUGGCAGAUUCUUCUGGCAAAGUGAUCAGCUUCCCACCCAUAACCAAUUCUGAAGACACUAAGAUGUCCCAAGAGACCAAGUCGAUGUUGGUCGAAGUAACAUCGCACACGUCCCUCGGCGCCUGCAAGACUGUGAUGAACAAGGUGCUGCAGGAGUGCCUGCUGCUGGGGAUAGGGCCUCAGGAACCCGGCGCUUCUUACCACACGCUUACUGUUCAACAGGUAAAAGUGGUGGAUCCUGAAGGCAACCUCAAAAACGUUUACCCGUCGCGAACCGACUGCGUCUACGAAGGCACCAACAUCAAAGUUGUACGAAACAACAAGAAGUAAACCACACUCCCAUUGGCCAUGAAUCUAUGAUGGAAGUUCACUAGAAGAUUGUACAUACGGAGAAGGCAAGAUUCAGAUUAAGAUCUGUCCCAAAAACUUUUUAUAAAAAUAUUUACUAUACAUAUACUGGAAUUUUUCACAUGAUAAUCCUUAAAAAAAAUAUCGCUUGUAUAUUAAAUUCUGUACAAUUAUUGAAAAGCGAUUACAUUCAUAUUUCAUACCGUUAAAUAUAUACCUAUGCACAAAUAUCUACCAAGCUAUGUGUAACCAGUGAUUAUAAGUUUAAUGCCACAAUUUUACACCUAAAGAGGGCUAAUUUUGAUUUUUUUUGUCUUUGAGUGUUGAUUUGGCUUGUUUUUUCAUGAGAGCAAGUGUUUGAUACGGUACCUGAUCACAAGUCAACGACGCGUUCGUACAGGGUCGUACUGGGCCAAACGCGCGAAACCACUAGUAGACUUUUGCCUACAAGUGUGUUACUCUGUGGUCUUGUAAGGCAGUAGUUGCAUAGAAACCAAAGACUUCGGGUAUCGAAUGCAAGCGCUGUCUCAUUUACUAACAGCCUUAAAGUUUAAUUGUAUGUUUUUAUGUCUUUAAUAUUGUGAUUGAUUAAAUUAAGCGUGCCAAUUAAAAGUGUGGCAACAUUGCUUUGUGUUAAAUCUAAACCAGUGUAUUUCCUAAUCUAAACAUCUAAUUAUCCAUGUAUCAAAAACUUAUAAAUGUCUUACUAAUUUUAGACUAUAAAAUCAUUUUGAUGUAUGCUUUAAUUAAGUUUAAAAUUUGUCUGUGAUGAAUCAUGCUAGUAUAAAGUACUUGAUGUGACACAUCAAUACCGAUUGUAACUUAAAAAGUAAGAGAAAGUUUUUGUUAAAUGUUUUCUUUUUAAUAUAAGUAUUUUUGUAACCUGUA